AGCAACAACUCCUUUUCCCCGGCGGAGAUCUACGCCAUACCGCGGUGCCGCUCCGCCCGCCUCGGCAGCUGCUAUGCAGUUCUUCAGCGGGUCGUCGCUGACGUCUGUCGCGCCGGAGUCCAGUCCCGCACCGGCAGCGCCUCCUGGGACUGGAACGGGCUCCAACGCCCAGGUGAUCUACGUCUUCAACCGCAACGGCGUGUGCCUGCUGUACCGCGAGUGGCACCGGCCACUCCGCACGCUCGCUCGCAACCAGGACCAGAAGCUUAUGUUCGGACUCCUCUUCUCCCUGCGCUCAUUUACCGCCAAGAUCGACCCCACCUCAACAGAACACGCCAAUCUUGGGGCGCCACUACUGCCAGGUCAGGGAUGCUCAUUUCAUAGCUUCAAGACAAACACGUAUAAAUUGAACUACAUGGAGAGCCCAUCUGGUAUAAAGCUUAUUCUCCUUACCCAUCCAAGAACUGGUGAUCAACGAGAUGCGCUGAAGCAUAUCUACAGCCUAUAUGUGGAGUAUGUUGUAAAAAAUCCUCUGUAUGCUCCCGGCAGCCCAAUCAAGUGUGACCUUUUCAAUAAACAUCUCGAUCAGUAUGUGAAAACAUUGAUUUGAUCCCAUUCAGGCUCGGGAGGAGGUGCAUGCUCACUAGCGGAGAACAUUGGCACUUCAUGUUUUGGGAAAUCCUGGGCCAUGGAACAGUUUCGUGUGUGGUGUUAUCUCUAUGUUAUUUGGUUUGAUAAUACUAUUUGUUGAGAAAUUUGUUGCUUCAAGGAUGAUACAGACUUGCCUCGUGCAAAAGUGGUCCCGUUGAAUCUCACUGUAUUGUACACUUGCAGCCUGCAUUGAUGGUCUUGUGUACCGACUGCGAUUUGAUAGCUAUACACUCUGAUCACUGUCCUGUAAUUUACACCCUUCAUCAUGACGGACCCCCUUAAAAAAUGGAUUGCUUUCAAA